UCUUGUCACAUGACCAGCCACAUGAUCUCUUGGAUUGUACACAACACAAAAUACAUCAAUUUGUCACUAAAUGCGUCAGUGACGAUCAGCUGAAAAUGUCGAUUUUUUGCAAGAGAUUAACAAACAGUAUCGGUAAUUUUCUCCACCAACGUUCCCCGUACCCCACUUGUGAUGGUCCUGCCAACCUUGUUUGCCGGUUCUUUCGUCUAAGUGAAUCUUUUUCCCAAAAUACAACCGAGGAAAACCAAAAUUCGGGAAGCAAGGGUCCUCCUCCUCAACAACAUGAACAGGUUGAACUUCCCGACUACAACACGAGUGUAAAUGUGCAUGAGCACAGACUGAAGCGGCCUGAAAAACCUCCUCCGUCAAGAAGGAAAUGGGAGGGGCUGGACGAACUGAAAGCACGAACGAAGGGUUCCCUCAUUCCAGAGACACUCAAAGAAAUGGAGCAGAACGAAGAUUUCCAGAUCACGGCGGCCAACCUACGCAAAAUGGGCCAGGCCAAACUCACCAGGGAGGAGCGCAAGAAACGACAGAGGGCGCUAGACAACCUAGGCAUUCCCGACUUCUGGGAGUUUAUCACAAAGUGGAGCAAGCAGCCUGGCCAAGAGAACUUAAAGAAGCAACUCAAGAAGAUUGAAAUCGAGAUCCUGCAGCUGAACAUCGGGCUGUACUGCAACCAGGCCUGCAAUCACUGUCAUGUGGAGUCAUCACCAAAGAGGACGGAGAUGAUGAACAGGGAGACGGCCGAAAGAUGCCUGGAGAUCUUGAGGAGCAGUCCGUCGGUCCACACCCUGGAUCUUACAGGUGGAGCACCAGAACUCUCCAAGGAGUUCAGGUUCCUGGCCCGGGGAGGUCGCGACCUCGGCCGCGAGGUCAUCGACCGCUGUAACCUUACAGCGCUACUUGAGCCGGGUCAGGAGGACACAGCCGAGUUCCUGGCCGAGAACAAGAUCAUCGUCAUAGCAUCCUUGCCCUGCUACAGUGCCAAAAAUGUGAACACCCAACGAGGCAGCGGAGUGUUUGACAAGAGCAUCCAGGCGUUACUGCUGCUGAACCAACUCGGUUACGGGAGGCAGGACGGGGGGCUGAGACUGGACUUGGUGUACAACCCUUUAGGAGGGUUUUUGCCCCCAUCCCAGGCAGAGCUGGAGGCAAAGUACAAGGAGGAAUUAUGGGAUACCUUCGGCAUCGAGUUCAACAACUUGUACACCAUCACCAACAUGCCCAUCAAGAGGUUUGCUGACUUUCUGUACCGACGGAACGAGCUGGAAGACUACAUGCAACUGUUGGUCAGGAACUUUAAUCCGGCGUCGGUGGAGGGCCUGAUGUGCCGCAAUCACCUCAACGUGAACUGGGAUGGACGACUCUUUGACUGCGAUUUCAACCAACAACUGGACAUGGGCAUGAGCAGGGUGAACAGCACAAUGGAUCCAGCAAAUGACAUUUCAAAGCCUUCCACGGCCCCGUCUGUCUGGGACAUCGAAUCGACGGAUGACCUCAUCGACCUUCGCAUCGUCACCGACAACCACUGCUUCGGCUGUACAUCGGGAAUGGGCUCAAGCUGCCAAGGGGUUACUGCUUAAUCUGUAUGCGCGUUAUCCAUUGAGGGCGCUAUUUCAGUCUUUCAUUGAAUCAAGCUGAAUGUUAAUUGGGUAUGCAGUGUUUCAGCUGCCAAAAAGACCAGUGCUUAAUCUGUAUGCGCAUUACCCGUUGAGGGCGCUUUUUCAGUCAUUCAGUGAAUUAAUUGAGCUGAAUGUUGGGUAUCAUGGGCAGUGUUUCAGCUCAAAGGAUCACUGCUUAAUCUGUAUGAGCAUUAUCCAUUGAGGGCGCCAUUUCAGUCAUUCAGUGAAUUAAGCUAAAUGUAGGGUAUAUGCAGGGUUUCAGCUGCCAAAAGACCAGUGCUUAAUCUGUAUGCGCAUUACCCGUUGAGGGAGCUCUUUUAGUCAUUCAGUGAAUUAAUUGUGCUGAAUGUUGGGUAUCAUGGGCAGUGUUUCAGCUCAAAGGAUCACUGCUUAAUCUGUAUGCGCAUUAUCCAUCGAGGGCGCCAUUUCAGUCAUUCGGUGAUUUCAGAUGUAUGUUUGAUGGGUUGCAAUGCCAAGUGACUAGUGAAUAUUAAUCUGAAUAUUCAUCUGAAUAAAUAUACAGCAUUUUUUAAACUGCAAUAUCAGAAAUUUUACAGUAUCUUUUUCGUUUUGAGAACAGCAUUUUGAUGUUUAAAAAAAUUGUUAUAUUCAUGUAUUUUGUUUGAUAUUACAAUAUUUUGGCAACUUAUUAGUUGAGAGAGCCUCUUGGUAAUUUAUUUUUUUCAAAUUUCUUCGGGAGCUGUUUGGCUUUUGUUGGGGUUAUUGUUUCUAUUUGUAUUUAAGUUGCAUGUCAUUUCAAUAUAUUUUUGCUCUAUUUGUCUUUUAUUGUUACAUAGUAAGAAAUAUAGUAAAUGUAUCUGGUAAUGUACUUAAAAUUGUGUCCAAGCUUUAUCAUGCAUUGCAGAUUUUCCUUUUUGCCUUUUCAUUUAAACAUUUUAACUUUAUUUGCAAAUGAAAAUAACAAAAUAUCUUAAAAAUUCAGAAUCAUCCCGAUGUUGAGAGUAGUCUUGAUUAUUACCAGUGCACGCGAAACAAUUUUUUUAACUCGCGUGGCCGCCCACAGAUGUUAUUGGUUAAAAGGUCUCUCGGUGUCACAAAAGGCCAUUACACUGAAAAAUAGGGAAGGUGCUGAAAUACGGAGGGGCUUUUUAUUGCCAACAUGUAACCAAAUUGGGACAAUUUUGUAUGAUUUAUUACAAGGGUGUCGGGUCACGGUCACUGUGUCAUAAAUGGUACAUCCCAAAAAUAUUUAUGGGGAAGUAAAACGCUGUGAUCUACCCACGACCUGUUGAUUUUGUUACGAGUGUCGUACGCCACCCCUGGUGUAAUAAUGGUAGAGUCGGGAUCGGACACGCGGAAAAACAUGUUGGACUAUCUCAUACCGAUUACAGAAAGUGAAAAAUAUGCACUUCCCGUUUAUCUGGUGAUAUAUGGCGAUAUAUACCACACGGGCCCAUAAACAGGAAGUGCGUACAGUAAUUUUUGUCUUGUGAGAAAGUGCACUACAAUGCACAUGUACGUUUGCCCCGUGUGCAAGGGAAUUUGCUAGUGCAUGCUGCUGUAUUCUGGUGUACUUUUUUGUUGUCGGUGUCCUAGCAUGUCAUAUUUCCGCUAUCGGUGAACAACCUGUUCGUGUGGUUUAGCCUCCAACAAGUCGUUAGUUGUGUUUUCACUUUCUUGC